AUGCCUGAAUCACUUAAAAAAAUAUAUAAUUAAAUCCAUCAAAAAUUUGCUGAUUCAUCCAAUUCAAAAAAUAUCAACAAAUAAAAAUCUAAACUUCUCAAAUAAAGAACAGAAGAAUCUAAAUUUUCAACUUAAUGUACACCUACUUCAGAUUAUACUGAAUAAUAUUUGAAUAAUCUAGUUAAUUAAGAAGAAUGUGUUUUUACUAUUUUAGCUGUUGUUACUAAAUAAAGAAAGGUAAUAAAAUUAUGUUAGAACUUUCUAAAUGCUAUUCCAUAAUCAUAAGGUGAUUGUAAAGAUAUAAUACAAUAGAAAAUUGUAUGUAAAUAAAUGCUAUUAGAAAGAAUGGGAAUCUUUGUAAUUAUGCUCCAAGCAUUAACUGAAAAUUAUAAUGAUGAAUUAUAACAUAUUAAGAAUCUUUUACUUUAUAUACAUAAUGGUAUGGUUAUUUAUUUAGAAUUCUUAAUUAAAUAAAAUCUUACAGAAGAUUAAAAAUAAAUUCUAUAAAAUAGAUUAAGUAAAAUAAAAUAAAAUAGAAGAGCAAAUAAAGCUGUUUAAGAUAUUACAUAAUUAAAGAAACAUGCCAAUGUUGUUCAUUCAUUAUUAAUCUUAUUGUAUUAAUUUAAAUUAUGAUUGUAGUAUAGAAAAUUCUAGUGAUUUAAAAUGUGCAAGAUUUGAAAAAUUAUUAUAAAAUAUCGAUUAGAUAUCAUUAUAAUAAGGAACUAUGUUAAUCAAACAAUAAUUUGAUAAAGUCAUUUAUGAAAUCAAUAAAAUUAGAUAAACUAUAGAUACAAAUGAAACUGAAAAAACUCUUGAAUAAGAAGAAAUAGAAAAACAUUUAGAAUUAAAAAUACCUUACUUGCCAAAAUUUAAUGGAUAUACUUUAGUAAUUGAUUUAGAUGAAACUUUAGUUCAUUAUCAAGAAGUAUUUUUAUAUAAUUGAUCAAGUUAGUUGAUGAUGGAUAAUUCUUAGUUAGACCAUAUGCUGAAUAAUUUUUAAUAGAAAUGAGUAAAUAUUAUGAAAUAGUAAUAUUCACAGCAGCCUUAUAAGAUUAUGCAGAUUUCAUUCUAGAUUUGAUUGAUAAAAUCAAUGUUAUUUCUCAUAGAUUAUACAGAUAACAUACUACAUAAAUAGAUGGAACACAUGUUAAAGAUUUAACAUUUGUAGGUAGAGAUUUAAAUACUACUAUAAUUAUUGAUAAUAUGGCUGAAAAUUUCUAACAUCAACCAGAAAAUGGUAUUUGUAUUUAAAGUUGGUAUGGUGAUGAAGAUGAUAGAGCUUUAUAUUAAUUGGCACCAAUUUUAUCAUAAAUAGUUAUUAAAAAAUGCAAAGAUAUCAGAAAUGCUUUAAGAUGUUUAAGAAAUCAAAUGUUAGAAAAUAUAGAAAAUGGCGUUGAAGAUCCUCAUCUCCAUUUAUCAUUGAAUUGA